AUGCACAGCGAGAACCAAAACCAAAACCCUUCGAUCAUGGUUGUUGAGUUGAAUCGUCCCUUUGCUCCUCCUCCCCUCGGCCACUUUGUCCGGAUUGCCGCCGACAUCGACCCCGACCCCGUCGACUGGCUGGCGAUCAUCAUGACCGUCUUUUCCCUGAUCAUCAUCAACAAGGCGGGUGGUCUGAUCUAUCAGCGUGAAUACCAGGCCGGACUGCGCAGUCUCUCAACAAAUGACUAUCUCGUUCUCGCGGGCACCUUUCACGGUGUUCACGCCAUCACUCGUUCGAUCACGCCAAAGCUGCCUCUCGCCCAGAGUUCUCCCGCUGUCGCCUCUCCCGGUGGUGGCAAUGCUCCUCCAGCCGGAUUCAGCUUCCCCAAUCCCGGGGUCGUCGCCUCGGGGUUGGAACAUCUCGAGACGGAAAAGUUCCGAUUGACCUGCUUCCAGACGCUGACGGGGACCAAGUUCCUACUUUUCACCGAUCCGAUGACGGGGAAUGUCGAUACGAUCAUGAACAAGAUCUAUGAGCUCUACGCCGACUACGUGAUGAAGAAUCCAUUCUAUCAGCUCGAGAUGCCUGUGCGCUGUGAGGCGUUUGAUCGACACUUGGGAGCGUGGCUGCGCGGGCGGACGUGA